GCGCACAAGGAUCUCAAAACACCAUUUUUGAUGCCUAGGUGCAAAGUUGCUGACGAUUAUGGGAUUAUGCUUGUGACUAUUAUGGUUGUUGCUGUACAUGAAGGUCUUCCAUUGGCUGUUACAUUGAUUCUUGCCUACUCAAUGAAGAAGAUGAUGGAAAACAAAGCAUUGCUUCGGGGGCUAUCAGCUUGUGAAACGAUUGGAUCUACCACUACCAUCUGCAACAAUAAAACUGGAAUUCUAACAUUGAAUCAGAUGACGGUUGUGGUAGCUCAUGUGGGUGGUGUAAAGCUAACUUCUCCAGAUGAUGGCCAAGAGUUAUCAUCUUCAGUAUAUUCUUUAUUGUAUGAAAGCAUUGCAUAG